AUGCAUGACUUCGUGGCGAAGAGUUUUUGGAAUGUUAAAGGAAUUGGAUUUUCUUAUUCUAACUCUACGGGUAGAUCGGGUGGCUUAAUAACUUUAUGGAAGGAGGAGGGGUUAGAGGUUAUCAUGAGCUUUAAAGGGGAGGGUUACAUUGGUGUGAAAGUGAACAAGGAUAACAAUUUUUAUUAUUUGGUCAAUGUCUAUUCAUCUUGCGACAUUGUUAAAAAAAGGAUCAUGUGGAGUAAGUUGUUGUCUUUGAAAGAAGACUUCAAUGAUGGGGAAUGGAUCAUAGGUGGGGACUUUAAUGCGAUAAAGUCAAGGGAAGAAAGGAAAGGAAGAGGAGUCAUAUCUAAUGCUAAUGAGGCUAUUGAAUUUGCGGAAUUUAUAGAUAAAAGCUUGUUGGUGGAUGUUCCUUGUAAAGGAAAAAAAUUCUCUUGGUAUAGCGGUGAUGGUAAAUCGAUGAGUAGAUUGGAUAGAUUUCUUGUGGCGGAGAAAGUGUUGAACGAUUGGGGUGUGAUUAGGCAAAUGGUGGGGGAGAGAGAUAUUUCCGAUCAUUGUCCCAUAUGGUUAGAAGUCGACAACAAUGAUUGGGGACCUAAACCAUUCAAAUUCAAUAAUGAGUGGUUUUCCCAUGAUUCUUUUUACCCUUUUGUCAAGAAUGAGUGGAAAAGCUUCAAAGUGGAAGGUAGAGGGGAUUACAUCUUGAAACAAAAACUUCAUCUUCUUAAAGACCGUCUAAAAUGGUGGAAUAAGGAGGUUUUUGGUAGAAUAGACUUGGAAAUUCAAGAAGAGGUGAACGAUAUAAAUCGUGGUGAUGAGAGGUUGGAAGUGGAGGGAGAGGAUUUCAACCCGGAUACUUUGUUUGAAAGGAAGGAAGCAACGAGCCGGUUUUGGAUGAAAUUGAGAAUUAAAGAGAAUAUGCUAGUGCAAAAAGCUAAUUUGAAGUGGUUAAGGGAAGGAGAUUCUAAUAGUGGUUACUUUCACAAAGUUAUGAAGGAGAAAAGAAGACACAACCAUUUAGGCCCCAUUAAUACUAUGGAUGGGAGGUUGGAUAAGGUUAAGGACAUUAAAGAGCAUGUGGCUAAGCAUUUCUCAAAAAAAUUUGAAGAGGAGGAAGGGACGUCGUUGCUUUUAGAAGGCAUUAAUUUUGAUCAAAUUUGUGAGGAGGAUAAGGUUUGGCUUGAAAGACCGUUUCAAGAAGACGAGAUUAACGACGCCUUAAAGAGUUGCGGGGGUUCUAAAAGUCCGGGUCCGGACGGAUUUUCUUUUCUUUUUAUUAAAAGAUGUUGGUCUUUCUUGAAAGAAGAUUUUUUGAGAUAUUUUGAUCACUUUUUUGAAGGAAAAGAAUUGUCGAAGGCGGUUACUUCUUCUUUUUUGGCGUUGAUUCCGAAGUCCGUGAAUCCGCUUUCUUUGGAUGAUUAUAGACCUAUAUUUUAA